CUUGAAGAAUAAAAGACUCAAAGAAAACCAGCCGCCUUCAUCAGCCAAACUGUCCAUCAGUUCAGAAACUCUCCUGUUAUUAAAUAUUGAUUUUAUUUUUCUGUUUUCCUUCAAAAAACACCUUUAGUUUGUUAACAGGAAGUCAUUUUUCAGCCCAUAUUUUUAGGAGCAGAAUUCAGCGACAUUGUUGUGCAGUUGUGUGUUUGUACGGUGUGUAUCAGUGUGUAUCAGUGUGUGUGUAUCGGUGUGUGUGUAUCAGUGUGUAUCAGUGUGUGUGUAUCGGUGUGUGUGUGUGUGUGUGUGUCUCUUUAAGCAGCUCAAACAGCAGCUCGGUGUUUGUUCAGUUUGUCAAUAAUAAACCUUCAGCAGGAUCUCAGAGCCAACGGAGCCUCCAACUGCCUGCAGGAUGAUUAAACUCCAGUCGUCGUUCAGCUGAAACCGACUUGUUCAGGAUCAUGGCUGCAGUCGGAGCAGAACUCAGCGGGUUCUGGUUCCUGUCAUCCGGAUCUGUCGGGUUCUUCAUCCUCCUCAUCCUCCUCCUUGUCUUCCUCACGUCUCUCUGCAGCGACUGCAACAGACGUUCCUUUGAGCUGAAGGAUCCAGAGGUGGACAGAAACCCUUCGUCUCUGAUCAGAGUGGUGAAGCUGGAAGAAGCCAGAGAGAAUCCGAUGAUUGACGAGAUCCAGAACGACGAGAAAGAGUUCGGUCCUGAAGGAUCCAUUCCCUGGAGGAGCCACGUGGGGGCGCCGCAGAGCCAAACAGAGUCUGGUCCUGAAGAAGCUCCAGUUUCCUUCCCUCCCUGGAGGAGCCACCUGGUGGCGCCACAGAGCCACGACUCCGCCCACGUCUACGACGUCAUCAAUGGGGGGCGGAGCAGCAACGACGCAUUAUCACUGACAGCCAAUCAGAACGGAGAUCCCAACGUUCCUCCAGCAGCAAAUUUAAACUCCAUUUAUGCUCGAGUGAGUAAGAAGAUGAACGUCAGCGACUCACCUGGUGGUUUACCUGGAGACUCACCUGAGGAGAGGAGAGGGGAAGAGGAGGAGCCUAAGCCUCCGCUACCGGACAGACGGACAGACAUGGACUAACCCUGGACGGCAAAACAUGGAGGACAAAAAGGAAAAGAUGGAGGACAGAGAUGGACAGAAGACAAGGGAUGGAAGACCAACGAUAAUGGACAAAAAUAUGGAGGGUAAUGGAAGAAAAAAUGAAACAAUGCUAAAUGAAACAAUGAAGGAAAUUAGAAGAAAAAAUGGAGGAAAAUAAAAAUGUAAUAAUACUGAAAAAACAAAUGAAGGAUAAUGUAAGAAAAAGGAAGAAUACUGAAUGAAAAAAGUAGGAUUAUGGAAGAAAAAUGGAGGAUAAUGGAAGAAAAAUGGAGGAUAAUGGAAGAAAAAUGGAAGAAAAAUAGAAUAACAACAGAAGAAAAUGGAGGAUAAUGGAAGACAGAAGGAAGGUUAAUGGAUGAAAGACAAAGGUCAAAGGUCAAAUAACAAAAGCUGCAAAAAUAACCUCUGAAAGAGAAAAGACAAGAACCAAAGGAUGAAGAAGAAAACAACAGAUCUGGAAGAUAAUGAACAAAAACACGAUAGAAAAUAAAAAAUAUCUGAUUAAAAACGACAUUUAUUAUGGAGGAAACCAGAACUCGCUUAUUUUAAAAAACAAAUUCACCUUUUAUUUAGUAAAUCUUGCUCUGAUCUCAGUUUAUUUCUGUAAAAAUCCACUUUUAGUCUGCUUUAUGUUUUAUAUUUCUAUAUAAGUGAACCUUUUAUUGUUGUGUUGCUUCGAUAGGAUGAACUUGAGGCUGUUUGUGGUGAAAGUUUAACAGUUUUUCAGGUUUGUGCAGUAAAACUAAAGAAUAUAAACCAACCAGAAACAUG